AUGUCUUCGCAGAGUUUCACCCGCCGGGCUGCCAGCCCCGAGUCCAGCCCCGAGCAUGGCUACGCGAAUGCUCCGGGCCCUCAACACGAGGAGAACGACGAUGCCGUUUUUCUCUUCUUCGUUCCUCUCCGCCGCCGCCUGCACCCUCGCCGGCCUCAAACCGCUGGUCCGUUUUCUUCCGGCGGUACCUCCACCAACCCCAUCGUUGUUGCCGACGAUGAAGAUACGCCCUCCACUGCAGAGGAUGAUGAGAAUGAGAACAAUGUUCCCUCGCCCGCCCCUACCGACAAUGGCAAUACCAGAGCGCGAGCUCAUCCAACAACCGCUGCUGGCAAUGCUGUGUCCUCCAGUAUUGCCAUCGAAGACUCCGACGAUGAAGUCCCUUCCGUCCGCGCUUCCCGGGACAGCAACAAGCGGGAGAGACCCCCAUCCCCUUCCAACAACUCAGCUACUCGCCGUCGCCACCAGUAA